GUUCGAAUUUAACUCAAGGAACUCUUUGGACCUGGCCAUAUUUCAACUGUUUACGUCCCUCAUAUUCAAGCUGGUUAGGAACCCUCCUACCAUCUGUUGCUGAAAGAAGUCAUUAAUUUUCCCCACGUCUUCAGAAAAUGUCGACCAUCCACUUAGUCAAUAAACAGCUACCACCUAUAUGGUCACGUGAUGUCCACAAGGAUUGUCUCCAGCCUGUCUGAGUGUGUGACCAUGUGUAUAACUGCGUUGCGCUGCAAAAGUUUGAACUUCCUUUCAAUUGAUAAGCCAUGCGACUUGAAUGACUAAGACAGACAUACUCACCCAAACGAUUAUGGACCCAAAGAAGGAUAUAUUUACAUGGAUAUGUUUACGACAGUUAAGAAGUCCUGUGCAGAAAUACAGCAGGUAUGGCCCGAGGCAAAGAGUGGAUAUUAUUGGAUAAAGAUUGGGAGCAGAGAAGCUCAAGUCUAUUGUGUUAUGACAAGUUAUGGUGGUGGUUGGACUUUGGUAGCAACCAUCAGUUGCAAGGAAAACAGUCACCUUCACAGCACUGAAGUAAACUGUCUUGACUCAAAACUGUGUGUCCCUUUUACUGAUAAGAACAUUUCAGCGAAAAACUACGAGACAGUGACAUUCACAAAGUGCUCCAUUUUGAAGGAACCUUCAGAGUUGAUGUUCUGGGAAAACCUUUUCAAUCCACAAUUUUUUAUCAGAUUCCGAGUGGUUCACAAAAAUUUGAUUCCUCAUGCGUCGGAAGAUCUGUUCGAUGGACAUGACGAUGACCCUGGAAGACGAGCACUGUAUGGUUAUCCACUAUGCUAUCGAAACAGUCAUGGAAUCUUCCUCAACAAGUCCGGAAUGUUGUUUGUGAAGUAACUCUACCUCAAAGGAAUGUGACAGACAAAAUGUCAGAGAGGGAAAAGCACGCUUAGCCAUUACUUAAGAGCAAAAAGUUGCAUCCUCAAAAUAAAAUCACGCGAAAUUUGUCUUUUCAUUGUAAGUAAGCCUUGUCAUAACGCAUUGCUAUACCUUACAAGAAAAGGAAAUAUGUUUGCUUUCUUUUGAUCAAAGUUAGCCUAUGUGGUGUGGCGUAUAUCGCCUCUUACGAUAACAUUGCAACAUUGAAAGCAAUAGGUGGUUUGCAACCAUUCUCAAGAGAAACAGGUAACGACGGUGAAAGGAACAAAUGCUGGUGGACGAACAAAAGAAACUAAUGAGAUAUCUAUUGUUUACGUCCACCAACAUGGCGGCGAUGUCGUAAGGUGCAAACCACCUACAAAACGUAUGAUCGAGCUUUUGUAUUUUAUUUUCUUUUUCAACCGAAUAAAACUUAAACUUGACCAGAAAAUCUGUGUGAUUAGCAAACUCCAGUUCAUAGAUCAGAAUAAUUAUCUUUUCUAGCCUCUAAACAUCUAUUUGUAAAUUAGUGUAGAGGAUAUCUUCAGCUUAUAGAUUUCACGCAUGUCGACGCGUCCUCUUGGCAAUAAGUCUCUCUCGCCUGUCGCUGUGUUUUGCAUUGUAACUGAAAGUGAGAACUGUGAUAGAGAGGCCUCAUUAAGGUAUUUGAUCAUUUUCCAUCGCAACAGAUUCCCCUGCCCAAUAUUACAUUGUUUAUUUGAAUUUUCGCUCUUGAAUGAAGGGAACAACAUUUUUGAACAUUCAUUUCUUGUGACUUUUUUUUAUCGUAUUCCUGCUGGAAAGUGAUUGGGACCACAUCUGAAACAAAAAGGAAACACUACUGUAUU